UUUUAAAUUAUUCUAAAUGCGAGCUAGGGAAAUAGCCUGUAGCUCCUUUAAAUGCGAAUAUUUUUCCAUUUGUUUUGUCAUGUUUAGAAAGAAGUGUUAAAAGAGUGAGAGUUCAGCUGUGUCUGUGUGAGUCAGCUUCUUUUAAUUGUCAUUCUCCGCAACGCAUAAUGUAGAUUCCCCUACUGAGUGGACAGGCGUUUAGGCUACGUCGUAUCAUACAUUUUCUGGCCAGUCAUCUUAAAGUAUUUGCUUGUGUUUACUGACAGAUAUACAUGUGGUAUUACGCGCACGUCUUGGCACAACAGUAUUUCUGGAGACGGACUACAGAGUUUCUUGAAACGUAAGUUUUGCUGUAAGACCAAGAUGCACAGGAAUAUGAAACUUAACCAAGGCUCAAGUCCACCCAAAGUCAUUCGCAGUGACAAUUGUGUCCUGGGUCAAAAGGGAAGACGGCAGCCACACGCUCAAUCCCGAGUCGCCAGUACAAAACUGGAAUGACUUACAGGGGAGGAUGUGUGACCAAAAUGAGACACCCAAACAUUGCUGGUGAGAGAAGCCGUUUUCCCCUGGCUCAGUGGCUCUUAGAUGACCUGUUGCUGGACUUGGUGCGUGAGAUCACUGUGGCAACCUUCCAGAGAUACACCAGGGACUUUGUAGAUGUUUACCUGGCUGAGGUGACCAUUCGGCGCUGUGCUUCAGAAAUCAUAUCUGAGAUGGUACAGCUCCUCCUACCUGGACUGGUGGAGGAGGUACAGAGGGAGAAGGCAGUGGAUGAAGUCAUAGAAGCUGAGUUGCUCCCAGAAGUCCUUGUUGAAGAAGCCAGUGCUGUGGUCCUGUCAGAGCUGGCCAGGUGUCAGUCACAGGUGACGAUUCAGCAGUUCUCCCAGGUCAGGCAGUACGCCAGCAGCUGGUUAAUGGAUUUCUUCCUGAUGGAUUGCCUUCUGGAGCUGGGGCCCAGCAAAGCACAGUGUUUUACAGAGAAGGAGCAGUCUGGGAGGCUGCUGGAGAGCUGGAUGCUGGAUGUCCUGUUCCAUCAGCUUUUCAGUGUCCUACAGCACAGGGACAUUACAAUGGAAAACAUACCACUAAGAAACUACCACAGACAAGUUUUUACGGACAUUGCUUUGGAUGUGAUGCUUUCGGAGUUUUGCCAGUCUCUGAAUGAGGACAUGGAGCAUUUGCUGGAGUUUGAGCAACUAAUGGAGAAGGAUGCUGAAUAAAUGCUUUUGCAGUAUUCUACAUAAUACCUCCGUUAAAACAUGUAUUUGAAAUACUCAAACCCUUUAUAUGCUGAUAAAAUUGAAAGCCACUCAGAAUUUUCCAUGAAAAUUUUCAAGGAAACUUGGUUACACUCAAAAACACAUUCUUGAUAUGCAAGAAAAAUUUUGCUCUGAAUAAUGUGGGAAAUAAAAUUCCUUGAAAAAGGACCCGGUAUAGGACAACCAAAGAACACCCCCAAUGACCAGCAUAUGCACAUGACAUUGGAAAAUUUCAGAAAACUACAAGAUAGGACAGUUAGUGAAGGGAUGUUGCUCAAUUGAUUGUUGAGUGCCUUGCUUUGCUCUUGAAUUAUGUUCUUACUAUUGCUGAAAAUGCAAGCGUCUUUUAAACUUGUGCAACUUUACUGAGGUAUAUUUCAAAUAAAAUAUUUGUUCCAGUUCUGCCUUGAUGUGAGAGGGAGAAUUCUCCCAGAGUUAUCUGUGAUUCUGCUUUGUUUCUUUAGUUGUGUCCUCUCCCCAGCAGUGUAUCUGUUUGUCUCUUCUUCUUCUUCUUCUUCUUCUAAGAUGUCUGUCCCCUCAUGUACCAAGAUAACCCAGGACAAGGACAAUUGAGGCUAUUUGGCCACAGAUAGAACCAUAGGAACCCAAAAGGGCUCUGCUGUUACAAACUACCCUUCAGGGCUGCAGUUUCUGCAGGUAUUUGUGGUCUCAUUUUGAUUAGCAGCCAAAUAAGGCCUCGAGAACAAGGUGUGUAAGCUCUUUAUCCAAUCAAUGAUUUAAAUAAAAUAAACCGUUUGCGCAAGCCCCCUAGUAGCUAAGAUGCCACACGUCCUGAGAUUGCUCAACUCAGAGAUUCAGUGCUCUUGCAACCAAAUUAUGGGCCAUAUAAACAUUUUUAAAGAUUUUCUCUUUUUACAAAAAUAGGGGAGAGUUGCCAUCAAUGUUAUGCUUGAUGAAUGUAACAUGGUCAGUAAAUUACUGUACAAUGUGGCUACCAUAGGCAUUUCAGGUUUGUAAAUGUGCAAUUCAGUCCUAUACCACUUCUCAAAGGAAUGGAGCAAUGUGAUAGCCUUUGUGGGAAAUACUUCCUAAAAGAGAGAGCUAGGUAAAAAUCUGUUCCGGAUAUAUAUAUAUAUAUUUUUUGCAAUAAAUAAAAUCAUACAUCACAAAUCAUAAAUCAUACUUUAUUAAAAAGUUAUCUGUCCUUAAAAAGUAUGGUCUGUGGAGCAUAUUCUUGCAGGAAUUGGAUGCUAGAUGAUCAAAAAACAUGAUGUAUGUCUGUAUAAAUGUUACAGCUGUUACAGUUAUGCUAUCUCUGAGUUGUGUGAUACAGGGCUGGGCGUAACCACUGUAUCACGUGGUGAACAGACAGAAACAGAAAAAGAUGACAAUUGGCUAGUUGCCAUUUAUUAAGUCCAAGAACAGAAAAUAACAACGGAAAAUCCCCAUGUGUAAUGGAAAAGAAACAGCUACGUGGUCAUAGGCAUUUAUAAUAAGCGUGCACCAGAUUGGUCCGUCUAGUUGUCUGUUUGCUUUGUAAGUGCUUAACUGGGUGUUAAAAAACAAACAAAAGGAGCUUUCCUCAUCUAUUUGGACAUUACAACAUAUGUUACGGUGAGUUACAAAGUUGCUUGUGCACCAAUGUUUAAGCACAGUCUUUUUCAUGAAUGAGUCCCCAUGCUUCAUAAUCUGAUGAUGUGGCUGGUUUCAUGUUACAACUGGAAUGUGUUUCCUUGAUUAACAUUAGUAUGUGCAGAAAAAAACAAUGCACAUUAUAGGGCUGUGGUGGGGUGGGCGUGGUUUGAGCGUCGGCUGCAGAGAGAGAGUGUGAGAGGAGCGGCUCUCUGAUCCUUCGUCACAACUGUCAGCUGGAGGUAAUCAGCGCCGAUAAUUGUUAAUUGUUUAAUUGCGCUGAUUGCCUCUGAUUGCUUUCAACAGUGAGCCUGGGGUUUUAAAAAGCGAGACCAGAAGCCGGAGGGAGGGACGAGCGCCGGUGACAAGACAGCUACGAAACAUUGGUGUUUGAAUGACUGUCUGAAAAAACCCAAGAGCGUAAAUAAAAAAAAGCACGGAAGUGCUAAGAACGAAA